AUGCUCUUCACAGUGUUUGGCAAUGUCCUGGUGGUCAUCGCAGUGUUUACAAGCAGAGCUCUCAAAGCUCCUCAGAACUUGUUCCUGGUCUCUUUGGCCUCAGCAGACAUUUUAGUGGCCACACUGGUCAUGCCCUUCUCUUUGGCCAAUGAGGUGAUGGGCUACUGGUACUUCGGCAAGGUGUGGUGUGAGAUUUACUUGGCUUUGGACGUCCUCUUUUGCACCUCCUCCAUUGUGCACCUGUGUGCCAUCAGCUUGGACCGCUACUGGUCCAUCACCCAAGCCAUCGAAUACAACCUCAAGAGGACCCCCCGACGGAUCAAAUGUAUCAUAGUUUUUAUCGUGUGGGUGAUCUCAGCCGUGAUUUCAUUCCCUCCACUCAUCACCAUCGAGAAGGAGAGCGGCAAAGAAGAAGAGCCAAAGUGCAAGAUCAACGAGGAAAAGUGGUACAUCAUCUCCUCCUGCAUCGGCUCCUUCUUUGCCCCUUGCGUCAUCAUGAUCCUGGUCUACAUCAGGAUCUACCAGAUAGCAAAGAAGAGAACCAGGGUCCCUCCCAACAAAAGGAACAACGGCGAAGCUGAGAAAAGGCACAAUGGCUACGCUGACAAGGACUUGCCAGUGAAACUCAAUGAGGCCAAUGGGAUGGACCUGGAGGACUCUUCCUCUUCUGAUCAUCCUGAAGACCAAGAGCAGUAUUCCUCCAAAAAGAGAGCAGACAAGGCCCCUAGGAACAAAGGGAAGACCAAAUUAAGCCAGAUCAAACCAGGGGACAGCUUGCCUCGGAGAGAGGAGGAACGAAGUGCCAAAGCCUCCCGUUGGAGGGGCAGGCAGAACAGAGAGAAAAGGUUCACCUUUGUUUUGGCCGUGGUCAUUGGAGUAUUUGUAGUGUGCUGGUUCCCCUUCUUUUUCACCUACUCCCUCAUUGCAAUCUGCAGCAAGAGCUGCCACGUUCCUGAGAAACUCUUCAAAUUUUUUUUCUGGUUUGGCUAUUGUAACAGCUCCCUGAACCCGGUUAUCUACACCAUCUUCAACCAUGACUUCAGGAGGUCCUUCAAACGGAUUCUGUGCAAGGGGGAGAGGAAAAGGAUUGUGUGA